GGGAUACUGUACAGAAUAAGGCUAGUGGACAUGGCAAGGCUCACCCACAUGGAACACGAGUACAGGCCUACAGAGGUGGAUGUGGAGGCGUAUGAUGGCCGGCCAAGUGUUAGGGCCCUGGCAUUCAUCUCACCGCCUGAUCUGCUGAUCCAAGAAGGCAUGCCUCCCAGUGACAGGUACCUGAAGCUACUGCAGGAUGGCGCGCACGAGUGGAACCUGGACAGUAAAUACACUGCCUGGCUUGACAGCCUGCCAUCUGUGCACUCCCGCGAUAGGGGUGCCGAUUACUACACCUCCCCGACAGGAAACGCCAUCAAGGGUCUGCCUCGGAUUUGGACGGGUGGAGACUCGGUGGAUUCAUGGGGGCGCCGGCAGAGCGGCAGGGGCGGGCAACGAGGAAGGGGCCGCGGCGGCGGCGGCGGCAGGGGCCGAGGACGAGCAUCCAAUGGCGACCGAGGAUGGGGGAGAAGUACAGGAGAUGGGGGAGAGCGCGGUCAGGAGAGCAGACGAGUGACACAGCAGCGGUGAUUCAGCCUUUGCAAAGCUGUCAAGGUGGUUGCAAAUCAAGAUCAUGAUGAGCUUGAAAUAUUUUGACCGAAUCGCAUCGAAUGGAAUUCUGGUUGGCCAGUGGCUUGCAAAAUUGUCUGGAAUACUGGUAUUCUUGAUUACAGAAUAACUUGACUCAAGUUGAACCGGAGAGAUUGAGCGAAACCGGCCUGGAAUUGACAGUCGGCUGAUGGUGAUAUAUCUGCAUGCAUGAAUUUAUAAUUUGGCAUGAUGCAAGGACAGCGAUUUCUUCAUGGAUGUGAGUGCUGAGGUCUUCUAAAAUUCUAAAAUUCUAAAACAAAUUCGCAUUCAUUUCUGAAGCAACUCAAUUUGUAAACGAAAGUAGGCAGU